AUGUCGUCGAUCCCGAAGCACUUUGGCUUGAAACCCAGAGAAGAAUCGUACAUCUUUAAGGAGCUCGAGAAGGUCCGCCGGGAGACUAAAAAGGAGUUUCUCUUGUUGAAGCAGCACUGGGCCUCCAGGCUCUCGCUAGACGAAAGCCCCGCGGAGAAGGCCGCGCGCGCCCACAGUGCGCGCGCCCGCCGCCAGCUCCCUGCCGCGGCCGGCCUGCGGGAGGCGCUGCGGAGCGCGCUGCGGGCCCCGAGCCCGGCCGAGGCGGCCGCUCGCCGGAAGACGCCCGCGUCCUGCCGCCCCGGGCGCUUGUACCUGAGGAGCCCGCCGCUCCUGCGGCUCGGCCGCCACGAGAAGCCGCGGCCGCCGCCCGUCAUCGCCUCGGCGGUGGGCACGUCGAGGCCCGUGGUCCUGCUGCCGCCGCGCGUGCCGCCGCCCAAGCCCAGCGUGCCCCUGUCGUCCCGGGGCCCUGGGCCCGCGGCAGCCCCGCGGGGUCCCGCCCGGAGCCCGGGGCGCGAGGGCGCCCGGCUGCGCCCCCUCCCCAGGGCCACGCACCACCGGCUGUCCAGCUCCAGCUCCGUCUCCGUCGUCGUCGGCGAGGACAGCAGCGGACAGCCCCGGAGGGUGAGGAUCCACACCCACUUCCUGCGCCAGGACAGCGCAGGCCAGGGGCGGCCGAAAGCCAGGCCCGACCCCAGAGCCACCAGGGACAGUGGCAAGGCCAGCGAGGCCCCCAAGGCCUCCCCGCCAGCCCCGCUGCUCACCAGAGCCGUCCCCACGUGCAUAGAGGAGAUCAUCGCCUCGUUGCAGUCCGAGGCCCAGCUGGCCUCUGACCAGACCAUCAAAGAGCUCAUUGGAAGCGUCCUGGGCCAGCACUAUGACAUCACAGUGGAAGAUAUUUCUUUGAUGCAACAGAUGUACCUCAGGCCAUCUCAGAUGCAACUGGAAACACCUCAGAUGGAAGCAGAACCAGGGCUACAGAUAAAUGCUGAGGAACCUCAAAUGGUGACUAUGCAUGACGAACUUCCUGAAGAUGUGUCAAGUGUCUUCCAGGACGAACAGGAGGACAUGUUAGAGUGGAAAGCCUCAGAAGUGGAAAGUGUAGUAUUUAAAUCUGAGGAUAUUCCGGGAGUUCAGCUAGAAGAUGAUUUAAUUAAACCUCUGGAGGAUGGGUAUCCCAAAAGUGAUUUGAAGACAUUCAAGCGGCCUUCUGUAAAGGUGGAAUCAUCAGAAUUCUUGAAAAUCAGAGGAAAAGAAGUUAAACAAACACAAAAAUGUAUUCCAGUAAUUCUACCACCAAGACAAAAAAAGCCUUUAAAACCCAUCCAGGAUGAAAAAUUAAUCAAAAAAAUCCCACAGGCCCCCCCAAUUCCUCACCAUCAUGACCUGUGCACCACUGUUCCAGCUGAUGAGCUUCCUGUUGAGCUGCGCCUGGCUUCCCGCAUGUGCCACACUCUUGAUAAGAAAGGUCAUUGCUACAUGCUUGGGCAAUUCAGACCAUCUUUCUUAGGGGAUUGCUCUAUGGAAGAACAAAGGGACAGGAUACUGUAUGGAGUUCCUGUUAAGAGUCCAACAGAAGACUAUGCAAAUGCUCCUCCAUUUUCACCAGAGAAACCUCCUGAACAGGCUCGUAAACCAUGCUUGCCACUCCUGGGAGAAGAAAUAUCUGCAUAUCCAGGAUUUACAAAGCUGUUUUGGAAUUUAACUGCACCCAAAUUUGCUGUUCCAGAGUCAGUCAUGAGGGAAACUUUAUAUCCAAAAUAUGAGAGUGCUCAAACAAGCAAAAUUUUAACUGAGAAAUUCUUGUCUGAAAGGAAGGAAAGUGAGGUUGUUUUAGAGAGUAAUGGCAAAAGUUUUAAGCCUUUCAUACUAAGAAAAUCAGCAUCAUAUGAAAAUAUCCCAGAAUAUUCCAGUGCAAAAUAUAAAAAAUUAAAGAGACCAAGGUCUACAGUUGAGUUGAGGAAGAAAGAGACCACUCCACAAUUCGUGGUCAAGGAUGACACCCUGAGCAACAUAAAAGAUCUGCAGUUCCAGAAGGAGAAGGAGCAGGCGCGCCUGCUCACCAAGCAAAAGCAACCAGAUGCACCCUCCUGGAAAGGAAGCGUCGACAGUCUCCUGGACAACCUACAGGAUAAAGACAGUUUGACAUACUUGUCAAUGUCUCUCAUUGAAGCCUCAAGAAAAGCUGGCAUUAGUUACAUUGUUUAUCCCAGGAAAAGGAAAAAGAAAUGGAAGAAAGGAUUCGCAAAAAUUAAACUUGUGUAUGAAAAGUUAUCCAAGCCUCCACGUAGACUGAAAAGAUCAACAUCUCAUGGAAUACUUCCAGGGGAGAAGAAAUGUUUGCUCAAAGUUCCAUUAUAUGAAAUUCAAGAACGGUGUCCCAGUGUGCCUGUACUUUUAAAUUUUGAUAAAUUUGUUCAAAGUAAGGGAGGAAUACCAGGAAAUACUGAUCCUCGCACGUGGGCUUUUAAGACAUUCACUAAAGGCAAACAGCAGAAAGCACCCACCAAACCCGAUACAUUAUUUGUCCAAAACAACCUGCUUGAAAAAGCAACUGAGCUACCAAAGUUAGAAUUAAGUGAUUCUUUAAAGUGUACUCUUCCACGAGAGAUCAUGGAACAUUAUCAAUCCGAAGUGGAAAGACUGACUGAAGAAAUUAAUAAUAAGAAAACACAUCUUGCAUUUGCAUAUUGUAGGCGUGGAGCUAUUUAUAGGAAACUGGGCAAGUUGCAGAGUGCCUUGGAUGAUCUGCAGAAAGCUAUAUUCUUGGAGCCAUUGUUUCUAAAUGCCUACUGGCACCGACAUUUCAUUUAUCUUUACCAGGACAAAAUUAAUGAGGCUUUGGAUGACUUGAAUUAUAUACAUAAAUAUAAUAAAAAUAAUGCAGAAGCAUACUUAUCAAAGGCAGAAAUUUUCCGUGAAAAAAAAGACUUCAUGUUGGCAAUUCUGAAUUACACUCAGGCAAUUAAGUGCAGGCCCACAGAUGCAGACAUCUAUUUCCGGAGGGGAGAGAUGUAUGAAAAAACAAACAGAGUAUUGGCUAUGGAUGACUAUGCUAAAUGCAUUUUUUAUAGCCCCCAAAGAAAAGAUGCAUUAAUGAAACGUGGGGUGUUUUACUUUGAAAACGAAAAUUGGAUUGCAUCCAUACAAGAUUUUACAGCUUUGAUAAAAGUAGAUCCCCAAAAUUCUCAAGCAAGGAUGUACCGAGGGAGAGCAUAUUCCAAAAGAAACUUAUAUAGACAGGCAAUUCAAGAUUUAUCUGCCUCCAUACAUUUAGAUCCCAAUAAUUGGUUAGCAUUUUACUAUCGAGCUUGCUUAUUUAGAAAGAAUGACCCUCAUAGAGCACUACGGGACUACAGUGUUUCAGCUCUGAUAAAUGAUGGCUAUGAGAAUUUUAGUUGUUUUCUACAUCGAGGCCUAGUCUAUGCACAUCUAAAACUCUGGUGGCUGGCAAUUUGUGACUUUGAAACUGUUAUUUCUCUAGAAAGGACUGUUAUUUUGGCUUAUAUAAAUAUUGGCCUCAUAUACCUACUAUACUUGGAUAAUUACACUGAAGCCUUUUGGAAGUUUUCUGAUGCAAUUAAGAUAGAUCCUUUAUAUAUUCAAAGCUAUAUCUGUAGAGCAGAAACCUAUCAUAAGAUGCAUUCAUUGAAAAGGGCAGUAAAUGAGUUAUCUCGUGCUAUCCACCUUCAGCCAGAUGGACUCCAAUUAUAUAUAAUAAGAGGACAAUAUCUCCUUUCGAUGAAAUCUUAUGAACUUGCAAAAUUCACUAUUUAUCAAAUAGCAGAGAUGAACAAAGGUCUCAUUGAGUUGAGUCCAAUACAGCAAGCACUCAUUUACUCGUUUUGUGAAAAUCAUGAGAAGGCCAUUCAGGUCUUGGACGGGGUCACAUCCAACAGGCCAGAGUUCAUGGUGUAUGCACUACUAGCAAAAGUCCAAAUGAAGGCUAAGAAAGUCAAGGAAGCUGUGAAAAUAUUUAAGAAGGCAUUGGAAAUGUUUUCUUCUUCUGACAAAGGAUCACUUGCCACAUUUAUCUCAGCAGACUGUCUGUAUAACCUGGGUCUUUGUUAUAUGGAGGAAGGCAACUUACAAAUGGCUUUUGAUUCUUUUACCAAAUCUGUUAAGGCAAAUCCUGAGUUUGCAGAAGCUUUUUAUCAGCGAGGGCUUUGUAAAGUAAAACUCCAGAAGGAUAACUCAGUUAUAGACUUCAAUCGUGCAAUCACCAUCAACCCAAAGCAUUACCAGGCGUAUUUAAGCCGAGUGGCCUACUAUGGUUUAAAAGGUAGAUUCUCCAAAGCAAUUUUGAAUUGUAAUGAGGCCAUCAGAAUUUAUCCUGAGGGUCUGCGUGCCUAUCUCUACAGAGGAGUUCUGAAAUACUACAACAAGUGUUACAAGCUAGCUGUUAUAGAUUUAACGACAGCUGUUAACAUGAACAAAAACAGUUAUAUAGCAUUUUAUAAUAGAGCAAUGUGUUAUACCAAGAUAAGGGAACUUCAGAAGGCAUUAAUGGAUUUUGGGACUGUGCUGCUUCUUGAUCCUGGAGAAACUGUGAUGUUAAAUACCUUCAUUAACCGUGGACUCAUCUACAAUGAACUAGGCCAGUAUGGUUUUGCAUUAGAGGAUUUUAAGCAAGGUGCACUGAUAAGCCAGACUAACGUGAGCCAUUUUCAAGCCACUGCCAUCUGCCACCACAGAAUUAAUGAAUUUGAAGAAGCUGUUGACUUUUUUACCAGGGCAAUUAAAAUUAAUUCAUGUUUUCUGGAUGCUUAUAUUGGACGGGGGAAUUCUUACAUGGAGUAUGAAAAUAACAGAGCUACUAAACUGGCACAGAAGGACUUUGUGAAGGCAUUGCAUUUGAAUCCAACAUCUUCAAAAGCCAGAAUUAGUCUAGGCUAUAAUUUGCAGGCUCAAGGAAAAUUCCAGAAAGCUUGGACUCACUUUACCAUUGCUGUUGAAGUUGAUCCAAAGAGCUACCUAGCCUUUGAGGGACGAAGUGUGGUCUGCCUUCAAAUGAGUAAUCAUUUUGCUGCAAUGCAAGAUAUGAACACUGCCCUAAAGAUCAAUACUACAGCAGAGUUCUUAACCAAUCGUGGUGUGAUUCAUGAAUUUAUGGGUCAGCAACAGAAUGCAAUGAAAGACUAUCAGGCAGCGAUUUCUCUAGACCCCACGUACUCCCUGGCUUACUUUAAUGCCGGAAAUAUCUACUUUCACCACAGGCAGUUUUCCCAGGCCAGGGACUACUUUUCAAAAGCUUUCACAUUCGAUCCAGAAAAUGACUAUGCACUCAUGAAUCGAGCGGUUGCUAAUACAAUAUUAGAGAAAUAUGAAGAAGCAAAGCAAGAUUUUUCAUGUGCAGUUGAGCAUUGUCCCCAUUGGGCUGCAAUAUAUUUUAACAGAGCAUAUCUCUAUUACUGUUUAAAGCAAUAUGAGCUAGCUGAAGAAGAUCUUAGCAAAGCCCUGUCCUUGAAGCCUAGUGAUCCGGUCGUAUAUAGUCUCAGAGCAGAAGUUCGUGGCAGAGUAGGACGGAUCAAGGAAGCUAUGUCUGACUACAAUCAAACCCUUGAUUUAGAAGAGCACACCAUGGUUACUGUGUAG